AUGCGCUGGGUGUCCGCCUUCCUUGCCCUGGCAUUAACAGGUGCACUGCAAGCAAAUGCACUGGAUGCUACAAUCUUCACGUUUCCUCCCAAGACUGCAACCUCUUCAACUGCUAAUCUCCAACAACAAACAAUAUCAGAAAAUGAGGCUCAGCUUGUCUUAGAGCUUCGCAUGAAGUCCUCUAUAGCAUCGGUCCUCGGAAUGGUGGAUGCAGACACCGUGAACCGCUUGAAUCAUUUCACCCAGGAUGAUCUCACUCUCUUUGGGGGAGCCACUGGGGGGAUUUCUCUUGAGAAAAGCUUCUUUGUUCUGGAAGGGAUCGACCAGGAAGUUGCCCUAGCCAUGCAAAAAGCCCAGCCCAACCAUCUUCAUAUUCCUCAGAUUUCCUCACCCUUUAUCGAAUUUGAUCUCCUGGAAUCAUUUAUCGAAAGCAGCCUCACUGCGAAAGGGGACCGUGGGCAAAUCUGUACAUACUACAACGAUGCUAACAGGGCUGCGUCAUCGACAUCCCAGACUCCUAAGGAAUGCCUAUCCAGGGACCCUAUUUUUGCUGAUGAGUCUGAUAUGCUUGUCCAUGACUUCCUUACACUAGUUGAUUCAGUGGAAUCCUGGAUAAGCAAGGAUCACAGUUAUUCAGCUUUGAAGUUGUCCUUUAAGAAUGCCUCUGGUGAUUCUCUUCUCAGAACCAAGCUCCUAGAGACAUUGCUCCUUCACUUAGCUAGAAUACCGUCGACCAGCAACCAGGAAAUCACGAUAUUGGUUCUACCCGCUGGUGUUGAAUCAGAAGGACUUAACCGCCGAGGCGCGAAGCAAUCAUCGGCACCAGUCACCCAUCCCUUCAGAAGGUCGGCACCGCUGCAGUCAACCCUAGCGCCUGUCUGUCAUGCUUCGAACUCUUCGUGUGCCGAAUCAACCAAUGACUGUUCCGGACACGGUUCCUGCUAUCUGAAAUACGGCUCGGGUGUUGAGGGAACUACAGGCAAUUGUUAUGCAUGCCAAUGCAGACAAAGUGUUGUUCAGAAUAGCGAUGGUACCACCAAGACAGUUCAAUGGGGUGGAUCGGCUUGCCAGAAAAGAGACAUUAGCUCACCUUUCUUCCUCGUUGCAGGCGUCAGUCUGCUUGCCAUCGUUCUAGUUGGGAGUGCGAUUGGGAUGCUUUUCAGUAUGGGCUCACAGGAGCUACCCAGUGUCAUCAGCGCUGGUGUAGGAGGCCCUAAGUCUCAGAUGUGA